AUGUUAGGUACCACCGCCGUCUUCCAUCCACCUCCUCCCAACUCCGGAUCACCACCACCGUCCCCCCAUCUCCGGAUCACCGCCGUCUUCCAUCCACCUCCUCCCAACUCCGGAUCACCACCACCAUCCCCCCAUCUCCGGAUCACCGCCGUCUUCCAUCCACCUCCUCCCAACUCCGGAUCACCACCACCGUCUUCCAUCCACCUCCUCCCAACUCUGGAUCACCACCACCGUCCCCCCAUCUCCGGAUCACCGCCGUCUUCCAUCCACCUCCUCCCAACUCCGGAUCACCACCACCGCCCCCCCAUCUCCGGAUCACCGCCGUCUUCCAUCCACCUCCUCCCAACUCCGGAUCACCACCACCGUCCCCCCAUCUCCGGAUCACCGCCGUCUUCCAUCCACCUCCUCCCAACUCCGGAUCACCACCACCGUCCCCCCAUCUCCGGAUCACCGCCGUCUUCCAUCCACCUCCUCCCAACUCCGGAUCACCACCACCAUCCCCCCAUCUCCGGAUCACCGCCGUCUUCCAUCCACCUCCUCCCAACUCCGGAUCACCACCACCGUCUUCCAUCCACCUCCUCCCAACUCUGGAUCACCACCACCGUCCCCCCAUCUCCGGAUCACCGCCGUCUUCCAUCCACCUCCUCCCAACUCCGGAUCACCACCGCCGUCUUCCAUCCGCCUCCUCCCAACUCUGGAUCACCACCACCAUCCCCCCAUCUCCGGAUCACCGCCGUCUUCCAUCCACCUCCUCCCAACUCCGGAUCACCACCACCGCCCCCCCAUCUCCGGAUCACCGCUGUCUUCCAUCCACCUCCUCCCAACUCUGGAUCACCACCACCGUCCCCCCAUCUCCGGAUCACCGCCGUCUUCCAUCCACCUCCUCCCAACUCCGGAUCACCACCACCGUCCCCCCAUCUCCGGAUCACCGCCGUCUUCCAUCCACCUCCUCCCAACUCCGGAUCACCACCACCGUCCCCCCAUCUCCGGAUCACCGCCGUCUUCCAUCCACCUCCUCCCAACUCCGGAUCACCACCACCAUCCCCCCAUCUCCGGAUCACCGCCGUCUUCCAUCCACCUCCUCCCAACUCCGGAUCACCACCACCGUCUUCCAUCCACCUCCUCGCAACUCUGGAUCACCACCACCGUCCCCCCAUCUCCGGAUCACCGCCGUCUUCCAUCCACCUCCUCCCAACUCCGGAUCACCACCGCCGUCUUCCAUCCGCCUCCUCCCAACUCUGGAUCACCACCACCAUCCCCCCAUCUCCGGAUCACCGCCGUCUUCCAUCCACCUCCUCCCAACUCCGGAUCACCACCACCGUCCCCCCAUCUCCGGAUCACCGCUGUCUUCCAUCCACCUCCUCCCAACUCCGGAUCACCACCACCGUCCCCCCAUCUCCGGAUCACCGCCGUCUUCCAUCCACCUCCUCCCAACUCCGGAUCACCACCACCGUCCCCCCAUCUCCGGAUCACCGCCGUCUUCCAUCCACCUCCUCCCAACUCCGGAUCACCACCACCGUCCCCCCAUCUCCGGAUCACCGCCGUCUUCCAUCCACCUCCUCCCAACUCCGGAUCACCACCACCGUCCCCCCAUCUCCGGAUCACCACCAUCUACAAUCCACCUCCUCCCAACUCCGGAUCACCACCACCGUCCCCCCAUCUCCGGAUCACCACCAUCUACAAUCCACCUCCUCCCAACUCCGGAUCACCACCACCGCCCCCCCAACUCUGGCUCAUCACCACCGUCUUCCAUCCACCUCCUCCCAACUAUGGAUCACCACCACCAUCCCCCCAUCUCCGGAUCACCGCCGUCUUCCAUCCACCUCCUCGCAACUCCGGAUCACCACCACCGUCCCCCCAUCUCCGGAUCACCGCCGUCUUCCAUCCACCUCCUCCCAACUCCAGAUCACCACCACCGUCCCCCAAUCUCCGGAUCACCGCCGUCUUCCAUCCACCUCCUCCCAACUCCAGAUCACCACCACCGUCCCCCAAUCUCCGGAUCACCGCCGUCUUCCAUCCACCUCCUCCCAACUCCGGAUCACCACCGCCGUCUUCCAUCCACCACCUCCCAACUCCGGAUCACCACCACCGUCCCCCCAUCUCCGGAUCACCACCGCUGUCUUCCAUCCACCUCCUCCCAACUCCGGAUCACCACCACCAUCCCCCCAUCUCCGGAUCACCACCGCCGUCUUCCAUCCACCUCCUCCCAUCUCCGGAUCACCACCGCUGUUCUGA